UAUAAAUAGGGCCGGGCUGCGGGGGGACAAAGCAGUGAGCGCGGGAUCGGAGGGCGGCCGGCGGUGCGUCCGCGGCUCUGCCUCCUUCACCGCAGCGGCUUUAUUGUGCUUUUCGCAUUAUUUUUGCUUUUUUCUCGAGGAGUCCGGGUGUCGUUUGGUUUUGUGGCUGGUUUUGGUUUUUUUUUGGUUUUUUUUUUUCCCUCUCUUCUGUUGUGGCCGGCCGGAGGGACUAAGGGGAGAUCAAUGAAGGAAAGAAGAGCGAGCCAGAAGUUAUCGAGCAAGGCGGUGAUGGAUCCCAACCAGAACGUGAAGUGCAAGAUCGUGGUGGUGGGGGACAGCCAGUGCGGGAAGACGGCGCUGCUCCACGUCUUUGCCAAGGACUGCUUCCCCGAGAGCUACGUCCCCACCGUGUUCGAGAACUACACGGCCAGCUUCGAGAUCGACACGCAGCGCAUCGAGCUCAGCCUCUGGGACACCUCGGGCUCUCCCUACUACGACAACGUCCGCCCGCUCUCCUACCCCGACUCCGACGCUGUCCUGAUCUGCUUUGACAUCAGUCGGCCAGAAACCCUGGACAGUGUCCUAAAAAAGUGGAAAGGGGAGAUCCAGGAGUUCUGCCCCAACACCAAGAUGCUGCUGGUGGGCUGCAAGUCGGACCUGCGCACCGAUGUCAGCACGCUGGUGGAGCUCUCCAACCACAGGCAGACCCCCGUGUCCUACGACCAGGGUGCAAAUAUGGCCAAACAGAUUGGAGCAGCCACAUACAUCGAAUGCUCAGCCUUACAGUCAGAAAACAGUGUCAGAGACAUUUUUCACGUCGCCACCCUGGCUUGUGUGAACAAAACAAACAAAAAUGUGAAACGAAACAAAUCUCAGAGGGCCACAAAGCGAAUUUCACACAUGCCUGGCAGGCCAGAACUGUCCACAGUGGCCACGGACUUGAGAAAGGACAAAGCCAAGAGUUGCACGGUGAUGUGAAGGAGCUGGGAUUUCCUGGAGGAGGAGGAGGAGGAGGAGGAAGAUCCAGGAGGGGUUGGAGCUCAAUGAAGUCACAGCCACAGGGUGUUUAAUGAGGGCUUUGCCAGUGCUUUCAUGGAGGCUUCUCCUGCUGUGUGAGACUGUACUUAAGGACUGAGCAGCAGGAAGAAAAGGCUCUGAGAGAGGUGGCAUCAGGAAUUUCUGUUGAAGACAAUGCCAAAAAAAUAAUAAUAAAAGGGAAAAUGGUUGAAUGUG